GGUGCGUUGCUAAAUAAAUAAAUAAAUAAAUAAUCGAACUUCAUCAGACCCAAUAACGCAACAGUGUAUUGAAGUGAAAAAUGAAAUUAACGAAGAACUGAAUACACCAUGUGCCCUUAAAGUUAAAGAGGAAGUUACCAGUGACCUUGAAAAUGAUAUCUGCAAUGUACAAAAACAACACUGAAGACAAUUUGUCUUGUCAAAAUGUCUUCGAUGUUAAUAUAACGAUUAAAGAUGAGUUUACAAAAAAUAUUGUACAAAUUGGGCAAUUUAUUUCAGCUGAUAAAAUGGGAGUUAACAAGAAAGAUCUGGGGAAUAACUCACAGAUUGAUAAUGCUGGGAAAGGUGAAACAGAAAAUGUUGAUGGAACUGGACACAGAAAAGUAUAUAGCAAUCAAAAGAAAAAGAAAGCAAUGAGUUCAGUUUUCAAGUGUGGUAUAUGCUCAAAAGUAUUCUUGGGCAAUGAUGCCUACAAGGAACAUAUGAAGAAACAUUCAAUAGACCAUCCUAGCAGUACAGGCCAAUCAGGUGCUUUCGUUCUAAAAGUUGGUGAUGACCUGUCAAAUAAACGCACAAUAGUUAAAAUGAAACGAGUUAAGUCAAAAGUGAAAACAAAAAAAGAAGACGAGGAGAUUUUGGCAAAUUAUUUAGACAAAACCAAAGCACGGAGCCAGAGUGGAAACACUUGUGAUGGUGCAAAGAACCAAAGUGUUAGUGCUCAAAAUACUGUUAAAAAUGACAGACUGUAAAACUGUGAACGUUGAAAAUGUGAAUGUUGAAAAUGUGAAUGUUGAAAAUGUGAACGUUGAUAAUGUUAAUGUGGAACUACCCACGGAGGUUAAACAAAUAAAGAAAAAAGAAGGAGACGUCCGUUAACCAUGAGUGUCACAUCUAAAAAGUGCGAUGAUAAG